AUGGGCCGUCCGCCAGCCUCGGGACAAGCUGGCUUCCCGAAAGUGCCGGUGCCGAUAAAGCAAUGUCCCAACACACCCACGAAGCAAGCAGUGAAGAGCCAGCCAACAGCUGAUGAUGUUACCAUGGCGAGCCCACCUGUGCCAAAGGCCUCCCCAAAGCCGAGCCCAGCCAAGGAUGUGCACAUGUCGGGAUCUACGCCAACCCCUGCCAAAGUUGGGACACCUUUCAAGCCAGGCUACACGCCCGUCAAGAGCCCGGACUACAAGAAAGCCCGGAGGGCACUCUUUGAAGAUGCCGCCGAGGCCAUUAAUAUAAUUACUGGGCUAAGCCAAAGCCAAGCUUCGCCGGCCGGGGUGCAGCCCAUCCGCAGGCCGGACAGCCUCACCACGGUGGCUCGCUCAACAAGCACUCUGGUGCUGGGGGACUUUCCGCGAGAGGAGGAGGACCCCUCGACAGGUGUCCGGAGGUUGAUCUUCGAGGGCUACUAUGGCAUGCCGUGCCAGGACAAGCAGUGGCCCCCUCUUGAAGAAGCUAUUCGCUUCCAAGACGCUUCGCCGAUGAUGUCCUGGAUCAAGGACGCCCUGCCUCGGCAUCCGCAGAAUGGUGUUGUGAUGGAGGAUGACAUCAGGACCGACUUGCUGAUGGACUCGGAUGGCCUAAAGUACUUAAUGCUACUCGUCAACGGAGCUUGGACAAAGGUUUCUGAGUAUGAGGCUCUGAAGGCCAAAACCGCAGCCGUGGCAGAGGCAGUCCACAACCAAGCCGAGAACAUGAUCCAGAAGCUUCGGCAACAGUUGGACAACGGCGAAUUGGGCGAGGACCUACUGCACAAACGUGCUACAGCCACGGAGCAGUGGAGGUCCAAGAAGAGCAAGGAGAUCCAGGAUCACCUGGAGCGGGCGGAGUUGGCUGCACUCGUGGCCAUCGACAAAUCAGUCGAUCCCCUCUUGGGCAAGUGGAACCUGUUCAACGAGUUUGGUUGGAUGCAAACAACGACGAUCGAGGAGGACAUAGGCGAGCAGCUCUUCAUGGACGAGCUGGAGGCAUCUAUGGCAAACUUCUCUCUAGAGGCCUGGGAGCCGUCGUCGCUCCCGCUUCCGGAGACCUUGGUGGACACGCAGGGAACAGGCAACCAGGCUAUGGAAGGAGUGGUUUCGCAGCCCAUGCAAGCAGAAGCCACGCAGGGAACACGCGACCAGCAGGAAGCCAUGCAGCAAGGACCGGAUUCGGAGUCGGGGGUCCCUAUGCAAGCAGACGCAAAUCUAGCAGAGGCCACACAGGGAACACGCGACCAGCAGGAAGCCACGCAGCAAGCACCAAAUUCGGAGUCAGGGGUCCCGAUGCACGCAGACGCAGAGGCCACACAGGGAACAGGCGACCAGCAGCAGGAAGCCACGCAGCAAGCACCAGGUUCGGAGUCAGGGGUCCCGAUGCAAGCAGACGCAGAGGCCACGCAGGGAACAGGCGACCAGCAGCAGGAAGCCAUGCAGCAAGCACCGGAUUCGGAGUCAGGGGUCCCGUUGCAAGCAGACGCAGAGGCCACGCAGGGAACAGGCGACCAGCAUGAAGCCGUGGAGUCAGGGGUCCCGACGAUGCAAGCAGAUCAAGCCACGCAGGGAACAGGCGACCAGCAGCAAGCCAUGCAGCAUCCGGAUCCAGGGGUCCUCCAGCUGGCCCCGGUUGAGGCUCGCAGCAAGACGUCGGCCAGGACGGAGGCCGUUUUCAAGGCAUUGGAGAAGCCCAACUCUUUCGAUUUGAAGGACCCGAGUUUCGUUGGAAAGGGUGCUAGUCCCGAGGAAGCAUCGCUUACCCAGAAGGAAGGCGAAUCCACUGAGGAGUGGAUGACGAGGGUGGCCCACAAUGUCUUCAUGAAGUUCCACCGGUCCAUCCGCAGUGCUUGGCUUUGA